AUGAGUAUGAAUGGCACUCUAGAGAAGGGGGCCCACCAUCAGGCCCUCGAUCUGUCUGAAGAACUCUCGCCUCAUAACCACCUCCACCAAAAUCAUCAGCACCUUCAUCACUCCAACUCAGUGGCCUCCACCGCUCCCGCCACGACCCCCGUGGGAGACUCCCGGGUGGUGGUGCCUCCGCCGUAUUUCAUGGCGGAGGGUGGGGGAGGAGGGGACGCUCCUCUGGAGCUGAGGGGUUCGCUGGACUGCUGGGCCUGCUCGGUGCUAGUGACAGCUCAGAACCUGGUGAUCGCCGCCAUCAACGCCUGCCUGGCCGGACUGGUGUUUGGGGUCAUCCUUACUCCAGCUAUUGUCAUGGUGGUGUUUGGCUUCCUGUGCCACUCUACGGUGCGUCCCCACGGCACGGCUCACUACUGCUCGGACCUGCUGAGCGACGGGGGCUGUGUGGCAUUGCUGGUGGUGGGAUUUCUGCUGGUGACUCCUCUCCUGGUUCUGGCUCUGGCCGCGUACUGCCGCCUGGCUCGUCACCUCCAGCUCGGUCUCUGCUUUAUCCCCUACAGCCGCGCCGUCUACAAGAACCUGCCCCCCACCCAGCACCGCGGCCUGGGCGGGGGCUGCUGUGGCAAACGCUCCAAUAAAGAGAGCGCUAAGGGCAAAGUGUGGGUAUGA